GUCACACGCGCGCGGCGCGCACACAGUAUAUCACUGCGGUUCCGGCAGAAGUCAACUCAAAAAGCCAACAAGCGCUGCUGCCCCCGCUGCGGUCUCACGGUCACGGGUGGGUGGUUUUGGGGGGAGCAGGACGCAACGCCGGGAGGAUGCAGUCGCUGCAGGACAAGGCGUCGGAGUGGAGCGGCGUGGCGGCCGCCGAUGCCUUCGCCAUCGACGACGUCAACCUAUUCGAGUCCCUCGGCGGCACCCCGCAGCCCUUCGUCGACCUCUCCACCAAUUUCUACACCAGGGUUUUUGAGGACGAAGAGGAGUGGUUCCGGGAGAUAUUCGCGGGGUCGAAGAAGGAGGAUGCCAUCCAGAACCAGUAUGAGUUCCUGAUCCAGCGCAUGGGCGGCCCGCCUCUCUUCUCCCAGAGGAGAGGACACCCUGCCCUUAUAGGACGACAUCGACCAUUCUUGGUUACCCACCGAGCUGCAGAGCGGUGGCUACACCACAUGCAACAAGCUUUGGAUACAACUGAAAGCAUAGAUGUGGACUCAAAAACCAAAAUGAUGAAUUUUUUUAGGCACACUGCUUACUUUCUUGUUGCUGGCAAUGAGAUGACAAGGCAACAGGGCCAUGGAGUAGCCUGCAAACAUGCAACAAGUAAACCAGCUGAGUGACUAUUUUAGCCGUGGAGCUGGUAACCAUUGGAAUAAUUACUGAUAAGCCUUUAUUCCGUAUACAAUGGAGUUCAAACAACCUCCACAUUCAAAGAAACAAUGGCACUGACUCUUUGUAGGCUUUAUAGCCAUUCUUGAGCAGAGAGCGUACUAAAAGUGGAUAGUUGUAGCUCCUUCCAAUACGUUUAUCCUUCUUUGUUUAAUGCAGUAAUACGCAGCUCUCCUGCAUAUUUGAGAAAGUUUAUCCUUCUUUGUCUCUUGUGGAAAGAGUUAUUCACAACAGUACAUGUGAAGAUGUCUCCUUUUCAAAUUUGACUUCACCGUAGCACGGGCUGGUUUGGAUGGCUAUGACAGGUUACCACACCACAUAUGAUGAUAUGAAGCAUGCCACACUUAUUAAAGGCCAUAUUUGUUUAAUUUCCAUAAGUUUCUGAGCUAAAGAAAGUUAUAGCUUAUAUUCAGUUCGCUGCGGGGGGACGGACCAAUGACAUGCAAAAACUUGUUUGGUUCAUUGAAUCCAAAAGAUCAGGCUGAGUAGAGCAUUUGUUUGGUUGGUUUGCACUGACUUUUGCUGUAUUGAACUGCUGUAUUAAACUGAAAUAAAAGACAACUACCAAGAUUUUUUUA